GCGCGGCUGCAGAGGCGGCGGUCCUGCGCCUUGCCAACGGCGCGGACGGCGGUGGCGUCUUUCGCCACCGCUGCGGAUGCUCUAAUACUCUAAGAAACAAAGCAUCAAACCAUCAGUUCAGAUUGCUAAUGAAUGUCAAGACGGAGAUGGUAGAGGUUAAUGAUCUUAGGUUUUUGAGAGAAAUGUUUGACUUCAAGCCCUUUGCUGAAAUAUCACAAUAUGAAAAUGUUGAUGAUUCAUCCUUCUUUGGUAUGAAUUUUUUUGUUAUUGACAUUUACUUUAGUGUGCUUAUUCAAUGUACCACCUAUUGCACUGUAUGUACUGAACCUAUGUUCUGCCCAUCUUAAUGAAUUACUUUUAGAUGUCAUUGGUGUUAUAACCGGACCUGGUAGAGUUAUCUCUCAAUCUAAGUAUAGAUUGAUUGAGAUUGAAAUUUGUGAUGAGAAGUAAGUUCAUUACUAUUUGGGCAGUCACAUCUUAACAGCCAUAACAAACUGUUUUGUACAAUAUGGGAAUCCAAUGUUGACUUAUACCUAGAUCAACUGAAAAAGAGUGAAGGAACAAUUCCAAUUGUGAUUAUUCAGUUUUGCAAGCGCAAUCUAUUUAGAGGUGAAAUUCGCAUUUCUACACAUUUUCAAGCUUCUAAGGUUGUGAUUAAUGCUGAUGUUAAAGAAGUUAAAGAUUUUAGGAUGAGAAUUAAAGAUGACAGCAGUUUUGUUCAGCAAGUUUCUGUCAUUCAAGGAGGACAAAGACUUGGUGGGGAGUAUGAUGAUCUACAAGUGAAGUCCCUUGAGUAUUUGUCUUGCCUAGAGGAAGGUUCAUGUUGGGUAUUCGGUAAAAUCGAGUCAGUUGAGUGUCAUUACGGUGAAUGGUAUUUUUUGGCGUGUAAGACUUGUGUUAAGAAGGUCAGAGAAGUGGAUAAUAAGUUUAAUUGUUCGGGCUGUACAAAAACUCAUUCUUAUGCAGUGAAAAGCAAUGCUUCUCUGUUAUUGUGGGAUAGGGAAGGCAGCCAAUUGUUAGGGAGAAAUGUGACUGAUUUUUUAGGAAAUGGUGGUCAGGUUGCUCCUAAGAAUUCCAUUCCUGCACUUAUUGAAGAGAUUCUUGUGGGUCAGAAUGUAUUGUUUAAACUUCAGCUGAAAAAUCAUAUUGAGUAUUAUAGAAGUUACCCUUUUACUGUCAACAAAGUUUGUAAUCUCCCUGAAAUAGUUGACAAGUAUACUCCUAAAGACAUGGGUGAACAGAUCUUUAAAUUUGAUACAAAGUUAUCUGAUCUACUUUUUGGAGCUGAUCUUGCUGAGGUUUCUCGGAAGUCCUAUGUUACAACUGAUCUGUCCACUCUAGCUAAUGAGAAUAUCAGUGAAUUGUUGGUUGAAGGAGCUGAAUUUAAUUCUGUAGUUGAUGCUGCUGAGGGUUCUCAGAAAGUGUUUGUUACACCUGAUUUGUCCAUUGUUUCUAAUGAGAAAAAUCAUGGAUGGGGUGUUGAAGGCUCUGUGAAGCGAUGCUUGGAUUUAGAAUUUGACAAAUGUGAUCAUGGUGAUGAAGUUUAGAUGAAGAAGAAAGAGAAAAUUGAUGGUUCUUAUUAGAGGGGCAAUCAUAGUUGGUGUUUACUAUUUGCAGUGUUUUGUUUUAUUUGUAUCUGAAAAGAAUUCUCAUUCUCUGUUGUUUUGUUUUGGUUUUGUAUUUUGUCACUGAACUUGACAAUUUUUGAUGCUCUUCGGGCAUGUGCAUGUUUUCCAUGUAGUCAAGUUAGUAUUUUGAGAUCUUCAGCAAGAAUUUUUAAGGUAGAGCUGUCCCUUAAUUUUAUAAUGAAGUGUUGAAGUUAUUGUUCAUUUUUUUCCCCUUAUUAUGUAUUUGCAUCUUUGACAAUGUUUACUUUUGAAAUAUAUGAUGAAGGUCAGUAGAGGAGUAUAAUUAAAUGUAUAAACAUAAAGGCAAUUCUAGAACUUGAUGAGUGAAGCAAUCUAUUUGUAUUCUGAUUCAUGACUAUCUAUAAAUCUUGAUGUAAGCUGAACAUGGCAUAUGUGGAGUCAAUUUUUUUUACAAGUUUAAAUUUGAAGAAUUUUAAUUUGAGAAUUAAUAUUCAACCUGUUGGAGGCAAAGAAUCAAACAGCACAAGUCUUACCUAAUGAGUUAUGAGGUCAAAUCAGAUCCAUAAAUACUAUAUAAAUUCAAAAGAAAUAUAUUACUCAUUCAUAAUCUAACAUGAUGGAGUUAUGUAAUCAAAUAUUAUGAAGAAUCAUAAUCAAAUAGAUUAUUCUUUAUAUAAUUGGUAUAGAUUAUUUGACUCUAUCAGAAUAGAGUCCAUGGGAUAGGUUUAACACAUG